AUGAAGCUGAGCGUCAUCUCCGCGGCCAUAAGCCUGCUCCUGCGGCCGUCGAUAGCCGAGUCGAACCUCACAACGCCACAGUCAACGCAGCAGAUCCUUCAGGGCGACUUCAAACCAGCACAAGUGUGGGAGAACACCAACUUAGUACGACACACGAACCUCGAGAAGGGCUACGUGCGAGAGAACAUAAACCUAGUCAUCACAAAUACCGACAAGGUGCCACAGUUGGAAUACUACUUUCCCUUCGAGUAUGAUGUGAUAGGCAAGGUGGGCGGCUUCGAGGUGCGAGACAAGAAGGACGAGACCAAGGGCAAGUUCGAGGUUAGAACGGCAGCGUUGGCUGCUGUGUUGGACGCUGGAGUGUCUUCAAAACCAACGCAGUACUACACCAUCCACCUCCCCCAAGCCCUCCAACCCAAAGAACAAAUCACCCUGUCCAUCACAUAUCACGUCCUCUCCGUCCUCGCCCCUCUCCCCGCCGCCAUCAAACAAGAUGACAAGCAAUACCUUGUCUACACCAGCUCCGCGUACUUCCUCUCCGCCUACCCGACCCUUAAGCAGAAACUCAAGAUCAAGACCUCCUCCGCCGACAUCCCCGAAUACACCAUACCCACGGGACUUGCCAAACCCGAAAAGCAAGGCUCAACCCUGACAUACGGCGCCUACGACACCCCCAUCCCCCCCUUCACAACCCACCCAAUCUCCAUCCGCUACGAAUUCAACAAACCCCUCCUCCACAGCACCACCCUCCGCCACGACCUCGAAGUCUCCCACUGGGGAGGCAACCUGGCUACCGAAGACCACUACGCCCUCACCCACACGGGCGCCAGCCUCAUCAACCACUUCAGCCGCGUCAACUGGGCCGUCCAAAACUUCCACUUCCAGUCCGGCCAAUCCCAGACCUAUGCCGCCCGCCAACUCGUCCUCCCCUUGCCCGCUAUGAGCGCCGAUCCGUACUACACCGACGACAUCGGGAACGUGUCCACCAGCCGCUUCCGGCCUACCCCGCCAUUCUCCCCAACGAAGCCAGCGCAUCUAGAGCUGAAGCCCCGGUAUCCAUUAUUCGGCGGGUGGAACUACGCUUUCCGCGUCGGCUGGAAUUCACCCCUCUCCUCGAACCUACGUACCCUCACCUCCCAGUCCAACACAUAUAUCCUGCGCCUUCCCCUCCUCUCCCCGCCCUCUGACGCCUCAGGCCUCUCGAUCGACGCGUACGAACUCAACCUCCUCCUCCCCGAGGGAUCCAAAAUCCUGCAGCACCACGUCACGGGCACGAACCUGCCCUCGUUUGAGGUCGAAGAGGGUACAACGAAGACAUUCAUGGACACAUUGGGCCGCACGAGGCUGACGUUGAAGGGUAGGAAUGUAGUGGAUGAGAUCCGGGAUGCGGAGUUGUUUGUUACGUACGAGUAUACGUUGUUCUCUGCGCUGCGAAAACCCGUGACUAUAGUACUGGGGUUUGUGGGUGUGUUUGCGGUAGUUUGGGGCGUGGGGUUGAUUGAUAAUAGUAUUGGAAGGAGGAAACGGUGA